CAGAUUUAGCCAGCAGAGGACUUACGGCGCAAGAAUUAAUAAACAAUUCCCUGUGGUGGGAGGGCCCUUCUUGGCUUCAAGAAGACCACUCAAAAUGGCCCACUCAAGGAAAGGACUAUAACACAACCGUUGAAGAAAAAAGGGUACAAGUUUAUAUAACAACAACAAUCGAUAGUAAUACUGAUAUUCUUGAUAGGUUUUCUGAAUUUCCAAGAGCUUUGAGAGUGCUAUCAUACGUAAUGAGAUUCUCCCAAAGAACCCGUCCAAAUACCAAAGCUUCAUUUCAAGCGAAAUCUUGUUUAAUUUCAGCUGAUGAAAUUAAAGCAACGACCCAACGCUUAGUACUAGUUUGCCAGAAGCAGCAUUAUGGUGAGGAAUAUUCAGCAUUAGUAUCAGGAAAAUCAGUAGGUUCUAAAAGUGAAGUAUUGUAGUAACAGGUGGACGGCUGGGAGCAUCUCGUGAUCUCGCCUACAACGAGCGUCACCCAAUCAUCCUGCCUUAUAAUUGCACCUUGUCCCGUCUCAUAGUUCAGUUUAUUCACAAAGUUUCCCUGCAUGGUGAGAAUCAGCUCAUGCUGCGCUUGAUCCGAACACAGUACUGGAUACCUAGGGUCAAAAACUUGAUUAGGUCCACAAUUCAUAACUGUAAGGCCUGCACGAUUUAUCGCAAACGCGCGCAAGCUCAGUUAAUGGGAAUUCUUCCCAAGGAAAGAACGACAUUUUCACGAGCGUUUACAAAUGCGCGAGUCGAUUUCGCAGGGCCAUUUGACAUUAAAAGUUAUAGUGGCCGAGGUUGUCGCAUGUCAAAGGGAUAUGUCUGCCUAUUUGUAUGCUUCGCAACAAAGGCAAUCCAUUUGGAAGCCACUUCGGACCUGAGCACUCAAUCGUUUUUAGCAGCAUUUCCCAGGUUUAUUGCACGACGAGGUUGUCCAAAAAAUAUCUAUUCCGACAAUGGCACCAAUUUUGUGGGAGCUUCUAGAGCUCUGAGAGCCGAAACAAAAGCCUUUUUAAAAGACGCCCGCGAUAACACUUUGGCGAAAUACGCUCACCAAAUGCUUUCGUGGCACUUCAUUCCCGCCUCAGUUCCCCACAUGGGCGGACUGUGGGAAGCGGGAGUUACAAGUUUUAAAAGCCACUUUACGAAAAUUGCUUCCAACCACAAAUACACGUUUGAGGAAUUUACAACCCUAUUAUGCAGAGUUGAAUCAUGUCUCAACUCUCGACCCCUGAGUCCCUCAUCAAAUCAACCAGGAGACCUGGAGCCACUGACUCCAGGCCACUUCUUAAUCGGUGGACACAUACUAGCUCCCCCAGAAAUAGACGCUGAUGAAAAUCGUGCCUCGAUUGUAAAUCGGUGGCAGAGGCUCAAGGCUCUACACCGCACGUUUUGCAAACGGUGGAAAAGUGAAUAUCUCACGGAAUUGCAGAAACGCAACAAAUGGAGACAUCCGCAAGCCAAUAUGAAAAUUGGAGACCUCGUGAUCAUCAAAGAAGAUAACCUGCCGCCAAACGAAUGGAGACUUGGAAGGGUAGUUAACGUCCAUCUAGGUGCAGACAAUAGGGCGAGAGUAGUGGAUCUCAUGACUGAAAGAGGACAGGUUACUAGACCUGUAGUCAAGUUGGUUCUACUACCCCCCUGUGAUCAACAACACAGCGAAUCGCAACCAAGCAACGAUUCCACUUCAUAAAAACCUAACUUAUUCCACAACCAUGAUUCGCAACAUAAUACAGUCCACUUCAUCAUACAAAUACAAAUCAUUACUGCUCUCACGGCAGGUAUCUUGAAAAUAACGUAUGCAAACCGCAUAUAUAUAUAUGUUUCAUAGACCAGUAAAGCUCCAGUCUAGUCUCGACAAUCGAACUUAUAAUAUUCAAGUUUAUUUUAAGUUAUAACUCGAUGCCUUUUUCUUUAGAAUGCACCUUAUUGCAAAUCACUCUUAAUCAAAAACGUCGAAUACUGAGUUUUGCGUGAAAACCUCAGCAUUCAAAAAUCCUUCGUGAAUUUCAAUUGUUCGUAUUGUCGAGUUUAAACUGUUAACAAACGAACCAACGGAAAGUAGGAGAAAGUAAUCUUAUAGGGAAUGGUGCAUGAUACAAUCAUCAUGGGCGAUUGGCUGAAUAAAAGGUUUAGCAAAAGAUGGUAGUCGACCAACUUCAUUGAAAACGAUUAGUCUGAAAAUGAUAAGAGUUGGCACGCACAUAAAAGUCAACUCCUACCGCAACCAUAGCGCGCAUUUAUUUAACAUAAUCCACUACUAAUCCCGCAAGAAAAAUAUUCGGUCUAUUGCAUACUGUAUCCAUAUACACAAAUAUUAUGUAAUCUCAGUGUUAAUUAAAAAAAUGGCGCAUGCCUUCAGUAUGUGUUCCUUACAAAAUCAUAGAAUCGUAAGAUUCCGCCACAGAAAAGUAAAAUGCAAAAUCCCAGCCAAAAGACGAUAAGUCGAUCACGCGUUAAGCAAGUCGAAGGGGUAAAAUUUCCCAACCCGAUAGCUGUCUAGUCUCUUGAAACAAUUUGUAUGCUUUAGUUUCCGAACGCUCUUUCCAAACAGUUUGACUAUUGUGAUGACUCAAUAAUCAAUAGAGACCAAGCAAUAUGUAGUAUCGAAUUUUGACUGUGAAUGCAAGCAUCGAGCAUGUGUUUUAAUAGGCGUGUUUGGCUCGCUUACACACAAGUCCUCGCAAUGAACCAUAUCGACGGUAGUAGAACGAAAUUUAUAAUACUGUCCACCCUUGAAGGUGGCCUGGUAUCAUACAAAAUUUGUCAGUCAAAUUUCGCAUGAUAAGAAGUUUAUAGUAAUUUGAAAUUUCAUUCAAUCGCAUACGCAGCUAUUUAAUGAAUAUAUAGACAACUUGCCAAACGAUUAUGAAAAAAAAGGGUAAUGUAUGAUUUCAACGUCCCUAGUAGGAGAUUAUGACUCUUUUGCCCACGCAAGAACGACACUGACCAAAAGGCGUUUUGACUCAAGUCAUAUUUCUUUUAAACGAGUUAUACCGGCGUCUUGAUAGUGCACUUGAUGAAAGUGCAUUCUAAGUAUUUCAAAUUUUUUAUACUGACAAUUCAGGUUUCAGAUGGGUUGUAUAGAGAACAACAGGCGAUUUUGUUUUUCGCGUUAAAUAAGACGUGCGUUUAUACGCAUUUUUUAACUGACCUAAGGCAAAUGCCAGUCAAUACGCUUCUGAAUGUCAAGACGUAUUUAUGCACCCGGUUUGAAGCCCUGAGGACGGAGUCAAAGCGCUUUCCCUCUCAGUGUCGAUAAGGUUGCACCCGCUAUUUAAAAAUAUCAACUGGCUCUUCUAUAUAAGCGUAUGAGCCCCUAUUCUAACAGGCAGUCAAGAAAGCGGCCUUCAGAUCGGGUCCUGUUGAAAGGUCAUAACAGAAAUCCCCCGUAAAAAAAAAAAACCAAAAGGAAUAUAACGUCAUACCUAAACGAUAGGAAGUCAAAGAGUAGAGGCGCACUGGCAACA